UAACAAGCGCAAAUAUAUUUUAUCUAUAAAUAUCAAGUUCAAGCAGACUGAAAAACAGCCUAUUUCAUAAAUAACUUCUAUAUUUGCCAAUUUCACUGCGGUGCUAAUUAUCUUGUUAAUACAAUCUCCAAAAUGGUUAUCCAAUCGGAAGACAUUAAAAGAUGGAUCGACGAAAUAAUGCAGAAGAAAAAUAUAAAUAACUACCAACUAGAAGUGGCCGAAUCGAACUCGAAGGAUGGUUACAGUGCAUCCAUGAAGUUUAUCAGAGUAACCGCUAAAGAAGGAAUUGUCUUCGAUAUGAUCGUUAAAGCCGGUAAUGACGACGAUAAGUUGAGAGAAAAGUGCACUAUGGAAGACAUGUAUCUCAGAGAAAUUCUCGUCUAUUCGGAGGUAUUUCCAGCCAUAGAAGACUUCCAGCGAGAGUACAACAUCAAAAACCGUUUCAAACACUACCCCGAACUCUACAACAUUUGCAAAGAGUACAAAAAAGAAGUGUUGGUGUUGCAAAAUGUGAAAACUCUAGGUUACCAAUUACACGAAAAGACCAAAUUGCAUAAUUUAGAUCACAUUCUAUACGUGUUACGCACGUACGCCAAAUGGCACGGAGCCAGUCUUGCACUAAAGACAAAAAAACCGGAAUUAUUCCACAAUUUAACCAAAGAAAUGACCGAUCUGAUGCGCACCAUUCUGAUCGAUUCUAAAAUGAUUGAAAGCUUUGGCGAUUAUUUCACCAAAGCUUUAGAUCUGCUGAAACGAAACGGUAGAGAAGAAGUAGCCAAGAAAAUUGAAGAAUAUUGCGAUUUAGAAAAAAUUUUAACAAAAUUGACUCUUUCAACUGAUAAAGAUGCCGAAAAGGAAGCCGUUAUUUUGCACGGAGAUUGCUGGAAUAAUAAUAUAAUGUUUAAAUACGAAAGCAACGAUUUAUCGAAACCAAUCGAUAUUGUGCUAAUCGAUUUCCAAGCAUCCAGACUGGCCUCGCCAAUUUUAGAUCUAUCUUACUACUUAUACGCAGUUGCUGAUAAAUCUACUUUAGAAAAAAUCGAUUAUCUGCUGGGAGAAUACCACAAGGAGCUCGGGGAUUACCUCAAGCAAUACGAAAUCGACGUGAAUCGUAUUCUCACGCUACAAAGAUUGAAGGAGUCAUGGAAAAAGUACGGUAGAUACGGAUUGGUUCUCACUCCGUUUAUCACGCGCGUGGAACUUUGCGGAGACGAUGAAAGAAUCGAUUUCAUGGAUAAAAUAGGAGAUGGAAGCAUAACGGAUUCGGCUAGCAACAUCUCGAAGCAAGAAGAAUACGACAGGAGAGUCUUGAAUGUUUUCGUUCAUUUCUACGAAAAGUUUUUAGCAUAGAAAAAUAAAUAUAUUUAUCAAAACUAAUUAGCGGUUUCAUUAACGGAGAAUGAGUUGA